AUGGCAAAAGUCAAAGGAUUUUCUCUGCUUGCGGCUCUCAGCAUCUUCUCAGUAGUUCACUCUCGAAUACAGCCGGCGGAACAAGUAUUUCCUACCGACAUCAACAAAGCGUUCAUUCCCACCGUUCGUCAAACUCUCAACGAUUGCCACUUGCGCUAUCACAAGUAUGGAGACUAUUAUCUCGUGUAUCCUAUCUACGGUGUACCCGCAAGACAGGGAGAGUUUGCCCACAUGGCCGCCAUCGGAUGGCGCCAGAACAACGGUUCGAUUAGCUUCGAUUGCGGGGGAUCUUUGGUAACGACUCGACACGUGCUAACCGCAGCACACUGUGCCCUGAACGACGAUGGGGUGGCUCCGCAAGUGGUGCGUGUGGGAGUGAUCGACAUCACGGCAGGAUUGUACGACCCUCAAAACCAGUUUGCCCAGGAGUACGGCAUCGAGAUUUUCAAGCGCCAUCCGCAACACGAAUAUCGUGCGGAAUACCACGACAUCGCACUGAUUACUUUGGACCGUGCAGUGACCCUGUCCAGUGCCGUGCUUCCGGCAUGUCUUUGGACUGGAGCUCAGGUGCCUCUGCGUCGCCUCGAAGCGGCGGGAUUCGGACAGACCAGCUUUGGUGGCGAUCGUACUCCGAUUCUGUUGAAGGUGCAGUUAUCACCAGUGGAAAAUGCGGCAUGUAGCCGGUUCUACAAGCCCGGACGAACACGUCAGCAGGGCUUGAUCGACCAACAGAUGUGCGCGGCAGAUGAACGCAUGGACACGUGCCUUGGCGAUUCCGGUGGGCCACUGCAAAUUAAGCUAAUGGCGAACAACCGACUGAUCCCAUUCGUGGUUGGGAUUACCUCAUUCGGACGGUUCUGCGGAUCUGCCAUACCUGCCGUUUACACCAGGGUUUCAUCCUACUACAAUUGGGUGCAAACGGAGACGGGCCUAUCGUUCGACGCCAGAGCAUGUGCCUCUCGUCAUCUCAACGAUCGUGAAAUCGAAGAAGCCAUGGUGGCCAACCGUGUCGGUGAUAAAUUGUUUGUCGAACCGGAGAGAAGCUACAUGGAUUUAGAAACGGUAGCCAAACAUCGCGUAUACCUUGGAUAUAGCACGACCACCGGUCGCAUUCAGUGGAACUGUGGCGGUGUGUUGAUCAACGAAAACUACGUACUCACGGUGGCUCAUUGUGAUCGGUUCGUGCUCAACAAAACGCCCGAUUAUGUUAAGGUUGGCGAUUUGGAUAUAUUUCAGGAUCAUUCCCAUGCACAGAUCAUUCGAAUCGAACAGUUUAUUAAACACCCUGAUUACCGAAACGAUGGUGCUCUCGAAAAUGAUAUCGCACUCGUAAAACUACAGAGCAACGUGAGAUUGCAACCCAAUGCCGUGCCGGCUUGCAUAAUGAAUUCCGAGUCGGUUACAUUACCCUUUUACGAAAUGGCUGGUCUGGGCCCGUAUAAUAUGAAUAACUUCAUCAUGGACAACGAGCCGGUAUCGAGUAAUAAUACCCUUGUCUUGACGCGAAUGAGAGCAGACAGCAGAUUAUGCAAUUUGAGGUCUGCCAAUAAUAUCAUGUGUACCAGAAACAAUCAAUCUUUAGUGCAGGGCACGUGUCGCAUUGAGCACGGCGGUCCGUUGGAGCGAGAAAUUUGGCAUCACGAUCGUUAUUAUUCCUACGUAUUUGGUUUAACCGUAGCUGGAGACGAUUGUGGCUUCGGAUCGGAAGCGUACUACGUUAAAAUUGCUUCUCAUAUCGACUGGAUAGAGCAAACCGUGUUGAGCCAAAGAGGCCGCCGGCGCCAAAACCGUUCAAACAGAGUGCAAAGGCAAAUUAUAUUCCCUGCUUCGAACGAACAACUCGACGAAGGGUUUGGUCCCCAGUCUUGCCUUUUGUCGGACGGGCGUCGAGGAUCUUGCAAAGUGUACAGUCUUUGUGCGAAGGAAUUAAUUGGAGCAACUAUAUCGAUUUGCAGACAUGGCAUUGAGCCCAUUAUUUGUUGCCCCUCCGUAAAUGAAUAUAUACGACCAACGCGUCUAUCUGCUACCGGAACCCAAUGGACAAAUCCAACGCAACCACAAACCGCGCACAAGCUAAACAGCUGCGUAUCAUACUGGAAGCAAUACAAGCGCCCUUCGAUAGAAGAGUUCGAACACAUCCCUUCCGAAGGACGAUUGUUUGGUGCGGAUGAGUAUCCACAUAUUGCAGAAAUCGGCAACACGCAGCAAAACAUAUGGCCCUGCAUGGGGGUGUUGGUGAGCAAUUUUUACGUGCUGAGUAGUGCUAGUUGUCUUGCACUAGCACGUGGUUUAAGAUCCGUUAAAUUGGGUAACAGUGUGCCCAGUACAAACACCUAUGAAAUAGCUCAAAUCUUCAAUCAUCCAUCAUACCGAAGGGGGUUUGAAAAUUCUAACGAUUUAGCACUGAUCCGGUUAAGCGAUCGUGUACAGUUUUCUUCUAGCAUCCUACCGGCUUGCUUGUGGAGUAAAACUGAUUCAGUUCCGCUGAAAUUGUACGCCUUGGGAGCUAGUACAAAUGGUCUAAAGUUCGUCUAUCCCCGGAGUGCCAUGUAUAAUGCAGAUUGCCGUGUUAUGUCAGGUGCUAGAAAUUCUAUUCUGGACGACGAACACAUAUGCGUGGAAAAUUACUUUGCAACGGAUACCACUUGCACGGAUCAGCAAGGAAACCCUGCUGAGGGAUUAAUCGAAUACAACGGCACACGAAUUCCUUUGGUUGUCGGGUUAACGUCUUAUACGAUCGGCUGUUCUCCAACGCCUAGGGCACAGACUGUAACUAUCCUUACCAGAAUUGCAACACACAUGACAUGGAUCAAAGAUAUCGUGGAACGAUGA